CGCUUGAUAUUCUUCAUGAUGCUGGGAUCGUUGCUGCUCGUCCCAGUCAGUUUCCCAUGGAACAAAACCACACCCUCACGCGUCUCAGUUCAGUCGAUGAUGAGCCAGCCGCAACUAUUGAUUCUAGCACUUAACGCCGCUUGGUCGGACGCCUCAUGUACCUUACGGUCACCCGCCUGGACAUUACCUAUGUUGUUAACAUCUUGAACCAGUUUGUUCAUGCUCCGCGGCCUGAGCAUGUUGAUGCUGCCCAUCGUGUGCUGCGUUAUCUCAAGACUUCUCAAGGUCAGGGCCUUUUCUUUCCUUCUGAUAGUUCCUUGACGUUGACAGCCUACUGUGAUGCAGAUUGGGGCGGUUGCCAGACUACACGUCGGUCCACGACUAGUUAUCUUGUUAAGCUGGGUUAUGCUUCUAUUUCCUGGCGCACGAAGAAGCAGCGUGUUCUUGCUCGUGCCUCUGCCGAGGCGGAAUACCUCGCCAUGGCAAGUGUCGUCAGUGAAGUCGUCUGGCUGCGGUUCCUCCUCAGUGAGCUUGGCGUACCUCAGUCGACGCCCACGCCUCUUUACUGCGACAAUCAGGCUGCUCUUUAUAUCGCAGCUAAUCCAGUCUUUCAAGAACGCACUAAGUAUGUGGAGAUGGAUUGUCCUUUCGUUCGUGAGCGUGUCGUCACUGGCAAGAUUGAGCCGCUGAAGAUUGCUUCCUCCUCUUAGUUAGCGGAUAUCUUCACCAAGGCCUGGGGUGCGGAUCCCUUUCAUUCUCUGUUGUUCAAGCUGGGCAUUUGUGACCUUCAUGCCUCAGCUUGAGGUUGAGUGUUGAAUUGUUAAACUAGACAUUAUUUAUUCUUUUGGUACCUUUUGGUAAUUGUGCUUAAGAGUCCCUAAUUGCCCUAGGUUAAUCGGUUGAGGGGCAUUAUAAGGGUAACAUCUCGGCAGCCAUUGUAACACAAGAACAACUGAUUUCUAUUCGGCUUGUCGUAGUGAAACCCUAUCUGAGAGCUCUGCUCUCCGUGGAUUAGUCCCGUUAACCAGGGAUACUACGUAAAUCGCUGUCUUCUUUACUUCCGCAAUCGCUAUAUUUUACAGAAACGGAAGCGAUUAAGGCAUCAGCGAGGGAGAGGUCGCGAGAAACCAAAAAGAAGGAAAGAGAGAGAGAGAGUCUGUAACACCCUACCCUAUACGUAUUACCUAAUCAUAUUGUUCAUACAAUUGCAGCGGAAAUAAUCUCGGGUGUUACAUUAAUUAUCAAAAUUUACCCAAAUAAAAUUUCGACAUGAAU